UGGUCAUUCCGGUUUGAGUCAGUUGUUGUUUCUGACAUGUACAAUAUGUGCGGCCAUACGGGGCGGUAUACUUCCAUUUUCACAUUCCAAAUUCCCAAACCAUCCAAAGUUGACUUGUGCACUUCUGGGCACUCCCGUGGUCGCUGUGUCGUUGUUUGGGGUGUUACGUUCCCAAUAAUUAGAGAAAUUUGAUUUGAUGGCCAGUACUGUACCAUACGUGUUGAAACAUUUCCUAAUUCAACCUAACAUCGUACGAAGAGAACCACGUUAACUGGCCGCCAAAUCCUUACUCGAUUUUGGCCACUUGUCAUAACAUGACCUGUCCUGCUAGCGCGCGUGUUUGCCAGCCAACUUUCCCUUUCAUUUGCCCAUCGACAAGAUACAUCCAGCGGGAAUUUUAAGAAAUAGUUCUCAAGCUGUGUUUGGCAACUAAAUGGAUCAAUUUGAGGGUUUCUGUGAAAAAAAUAAAAUAGCGUAUCAUUUCAGGGUUAGGGUUGUCGCGGCAAGUGACGCUUUCACAGAUGUGUUUGCCACUGCGUCUCCUUUUCUUGCGUUCCUCCCCCACCUGCUAAAUGGGAAGUUGAAAUGUCACAAUUAAUAUUUAACAAGAAGUGAUCUGUUGGGGAUAACCAAUUUGUCACUUUGUGUGUAUUGAUUUAUUGAUGAGAAUAUUAAACCGAAUCCUGACAUGUUUGCAUUAUUGAUUUGACCUGAUCAUGCAGCACAUCGACUUCAGCGCGCGCACACCGCGGCAGUCCGAGCUUGAAGCCGGGCCGACCUUAAGCAGGCUUUGAUUGACCACCACGGCGAGCAGGCGGCAGCCUUGACCUCAAAAAACGUAGAGCUGAACACAGACAGACGCACACCUCCCCGCUUGUCUUCUGCAGAUGUCGUGGCGCUCGUCCUUCCACUGCUCCAAGUUCCGCCAAGUCUUCGGGAAAGCCUCCAGCAGGGAGCGCAGCUACGACGGCAUUCCCAUCACACGCGGCGUCCACGACAACCAGUACUGCUCCGUCAACCCUUGUUUCAUCGCCAUGGUGACAGAGUGCGGCGGUGGCGGGUCCUUCCUGGUGCUGCCAAUCCAUCAUACAGGCAGAGUGGACUCUCAGCAUCCGAGGGUGUGCGGACACAAGGCUCAGGUUGUUGACAUCAAGUGGAACCCGUUCGACGACAGCUGCAUCGCCUCGUGUUCUGAGGACUGCACGGUAAAGAUUUGGGACAUUCCGCUCCGUGGUGUGGAACGAAACCUCACCCAGGCCAGGAAGACUCUGAUUGGACACUCCAGGAGGGUAGGGCUCAUCGAGUGGCAUCCGACUGCUGAGAACCUACUUCUGAGCUCGGCCUACGACUACAAGGUCCUCCUCUGGGAUGUCUCCCAGGACGGGGCGGUGCUCAGGUGCCCGAUCCGUGUGGUCAUGGCGCCCGUCCACCACCGCUUCCCAUCAGAGAUGUUGCUGCUGUCUGUCAGCUUUAACCGGGAAGGAAACCGUCUGGCAGUCGCGUCCAAGGACAGGCGUGUUCGAGUACUGGAUCCCCGCACAGGAAGGAUUCUCCAGGUGUCCUGCAACGACUACCACAGGGCCAACAAGGUCGUGUACGUCGGAGGUUUGAAGAUGCUGCUGAGCACCGGGUGUUCGCCCUGGAACCACAGGCAGAUCGUCCUCUGGGACCCGGAUGACUUGUCGGAGCCUCUGCACGAAGAAGACCUGGACGGUUCUGCAGGAGUUCUCUUCCCGUUCUUUGAUCCAGACACUGACAUGCUUUACCUGGCUGGGAAGGGCGAUGGGAACAUCAGAUACUACGAGCUGAGUUCGGAGAAACCUUACAUCAGCUUCCUGACCGAGUUUAAGUCCCCGUUGCCUCACAAAGGACUCGCGGUGAUGCCAAAGCGUGGUCUGGACGUCAACAUCUGCGAGAUUUUCCGAUUCUAUCGCCUGAUCGCCGUCAAAGGCCUGGUGGAGCCGCUGUCCAUGAUUGUGCCGCGCAAGGAGUCGGCAACAUUCCACGAGGAUCUGUAUCCAAUGACAGCGGGAAACCGGGCCGCCGUGACGGCUCAAGAGUGGCUGGCGGGGAUCGACAGAGGCCCAGUCUUGAUGUCUCUACAUCCUGGGACUCGGGUGGUCAACCCCUACCAAGAAAGCCAGACUGAGAACAGCUGCUACCCGAAGGGGUCGACCACAAAAGCAGCGUGCCUCUCGACCCCGGGCCACAGGGAAAAUAACUUCCUAGACGAACAGUUGGCUUACCAGAACGCCAAAUACGACAGACGCGCGCCUUCCGCCUGGCAGUCAGAUGAGUCACAGCUGUGGACGUAUGACGUCACCCCCCACUGCUGUGAACCUGUGGAGAGACCCCCGCCCACCACAGAGGAUGAGCUCCGUGAAGUAUUCUACAAACAGCAAGAAGAGAUCAGAGGUCUCCGCGAAAUACUUGACCAGAAAGACGUGAGGAUCGCCGAGCUGGAACAGGAAGUCAGACAGACCAACGACGCGAGCGCGACGCGGUGA